CCUCAUCAACCAGGCCAGCCAGCCCUUUCUCGACAAUUUUCCUCACGCCGGCUCUCCGAACCUCCAUCAACCUCUGCCUCAAUCUCCUCUCCACGCAAUUGCAAUUCGAUUGCAAUUGUUUUCCUUUUCGUCCAGCCACAUCUAGACGCCUCUCCAAGAUGUUCCGGAACGCCCUCCGACAGAGCACGCGUGCCGUCGGCGCCAUCUCUGCCUCGAGCAGAGUCGCCGUGCGAAAUGCCGCACCCGUCGUUUCUGCCUUCCAAGCCCGCACAUACGCCGACAAGGCAACGCCGACAGAGGUCUCGUCCCUUCUCGAGCAGAGAAUCCGCGGUGUCCAGGAGGAGUCGAACCUUGCUGAGACCGGCCGUGUCCUGUCCAUCGGUGAUGGUAUCGCCCGUGUGCACGGUAUGGCCAAUGUCCAGGCCGAGGAGCUUGUCGAGUUCGCUUCUGGAGUCAAGGGCAUGUGCAUGAACCUCGAGGCCGGCCAGGUCGGUGUCGUGCUCUUCGGUUCUGAUCGCCUCGUCAAGGAGGGCGAGAUCGUCAAGCGCACUGGUCAAAUCGUCGAUGUCCCUGUUGGCAUGGAGCUUCUUGGACGUGUCGUCGACGCUCUGGGCAACCCCAUUGAUGGAAAGGGCCCCAUCAACACCUCUGAGAAGCGCCGUGCGCAGCUCAAGGCCCCCGGCAUUCUGCCCCGUCAGUCUGUUAGAGAGCCGGUGCAGACUGGCCUCAAGUCGGUCGACGCCAUGGUCCCCAUCGGCCGUGGUCAGCGUGAGUUGAUCAUUGGCGAUCGUCAGACCGGCAAGACUGCCGUUGCCCUCGAUGCUAUGCUCAACCAGAAGCGUUGGAACAACAGCACCGAUGAGAAGAAGAAGCUCUACUGUGUCUACGUCGCCAUUGGCCAGAAGCGUUCCACUGUUGCCCAGCUCGUCCAGACGCUCGAGGAGAAUGAUGCCAUGAAAUACUCGGUCAUUAUUGCCGCCACGGCGUCGGAGGCUGCUCCUCUCCAGUACAUCGCCCCUUUUACUGGUGCGGCAAUCGGGGAGUGGUUCCGUGACAAUGGCAAACACUCUCUGAUCAUCUUCGACGAUCUAUCGAAGCAGGCGGUUGCUUAUCGCCAAAUGUCUCUGCUUCUCCGCCGCCCCCCUGGACGUGAAGCUUACCCCGGUGACGUCUUCUACCUUCACUCUCGUCUGCUCGAGCGUGCUGCCAAGAUGAACGACAAGCUUGGCGGUGGCUCCAUGACUGCGCUUCCCAUCAUCGAGACCCAGGGCGGUGAUGUUUCUGCCUAUAUCCCUACCAACGUCAUUUCCAUUACCGAUGGUCAGAUCUUCUUGGAGGCCGAGCUCUUCUACAAGGGUAUUCGUCCUGCCAUCAACGUCGGUCUUUCUGUCUCGCGUGUCGGUUCCGCUGCUCAGCUCAAGGCCAUGAAGCAGGUUGCUGGCUCCCUGAAGCUCUUCUUGGCCCAGUACCGUGAGGUGGCUGCUUUUGCCCAGUUCGGCUCAGAUUUGGAUGCCUCAACUAAGCAGACGCUUAACCGUGGCGAACGGUUGACCGAGCUCCUCAAGCAGAAGCAGUACUCUCCCAUGGCUGUUAACGAGAUGGUUCCUCUUAUCUAUGCUGGUGUCAACGGUCACCUCGACACUGUUCCCGUCGACAAGAUUUUGACCUGGGAGGCGGACUUCCUGGCUCACCUCAAGUCUAACGAGACUGAGUUGCUCGCGACGAUUGAUAAGGAGGGUGCGCUCAGCAAGGACCUCGAGGCCAGGUUGAAGGACGUCAUCUCGACCUUCACCAAGACCUUCUUGGCUUAAUUGCGCAUUCGAUAUAAGAGUACCCGGCGUGUUGAGGGAAAUAAUGGAGAGGGGGUGGCUGUUUAUACCGUAUCGUUGUGUGUUUUCUAGAGGAGAGAGGGGGUGUUCUAUCUCGCUGGUUGCUGGACUGGGGGAGGACGCGUGAGAAAUGAUUCUCCGGCCAAACUAGUUGUAAAAUAGAGCAGAGACUCAACCAAGCACUCGAUUCCUUUUGUCCCAGACCAUGAGCAGCUUGCGCUGGACAUAACUGUUCGUGGUAUUCCGGAAUGGUUCGUAGUAGUACUACUGUGGAGGGGGUAAUAGUUUUCAUUGAUUGUCUACAGAAGUAACUAAUGC